AUGCAAGGCGGCCCAGGCGGUUUUAGAUUGGUCCUGAAGCGAUCACUGUUCACGCCUGCGAAGGGUGCGUCAGCACUUAUCAAGCAAGGGAACACGCACGAGCUGCUACAGGGCCUGGGGUACAUACGGCAGAGCCAGUCGGGCUUGGUACAUUGGCUUCCUCUCGGACUACGAUGUCUACGGAACGUGGAGAAUAUCGUACGGAAACGGAUGGAUGAGUGCGGUGGUCAGGAAUUGCAGCUGAGUACGCUGUCGCCAGAGACACUGUGGCAACGGACCGGGCGGUGGGAGAACAAGGAACUGUUCAAAUUGCGCGAUGCGAAGGGGAGGAACUACUGCCUUUCAGCCACCUGCGAGGAAGAUGUGACCUGGCUGAUGAGUGAAUGUCUGGAGUCGUACAAGGACUUGCCCUCCCUGGUGUACCAGAUAGGAACGAAGUACCGUGAUGAGUUGCGGCCUCGCGGAGGCCUGCUACGGAGCCGCGAGUUCUUGAUGAAGGAUGCCUAUUCGUUCCAUGCGGACUCGCAAGACGCCAUGCAAAUGUUCCACAAGAUGAAGCAGGUGUACGACCAGAUUUUUACGGACCUGAAGGUUCCAUUUAAAAGCGCUGCGGCAGACUGCGGCAGCAUCGGCGGCGAGCUGUCGCGGGAAUAUCACUAUAUCCAUGAGAAGGGCGAGGACGUCCUUUACAGCUGCAAUUCUUGCAGACAGGUAUCUAAUGUGGAGAUGUGUGCAAGCAUUCCAACAGAACCCGGGCAGCACACUGGCGCAGUCGCAGUCGCGUACGCGCUCAACCAGGUGCACGACACACUGCUGUGCUUAUACUACCCUGCCAACCGCACGCUGAACUGGAACUUGGCACUCAGCGUGAUGGACAACGAUAUAGACAUGACGCUUGCCAAUGUGGGGAACGAUCGCGUGCUGGAGCUGUUCUUGGAACAAAAUACGGAUCCAAUGUUUUCGAGCGUUGUCCGCGUGAUGGACUCGAGACUCAACUCCCGGUCGCAAUUCCCUGAUUUCCCCCUGCAGACGUACCUGAAAAGUAACUUCUCGCAGCUCAGUGGCCACAGCCUCGUCCAUGCCACGCAAGGCGAGCUUUGCGGCGAUUGUGGAAAGGGCACUCUCGACGCCCGCAACAGCAUUGAGGUUGGACAUUGCUUCUAUCUGGGGCGUACGUACAGCGAGGCAUUGGGCGCCGCCGUGCGCAUGCGCACCAACGAGACAACCACCCUUGAGAUGGGCUGCUAUGGCAUUGGCAUCAGUCGUCUCGUGGGCGCCAUCGCAGACGUAACUCGCGACAGUCAGGGCCUGUGUUGGCCUAGUUGCGUAGCGCCCUAUAAAGUUUCACUGAACUACGCGGGUGAGGACGAGAACGUGCGCACUGUACGCAGCCUACUCAGCCUCGAGCCGUAUGAAAGCCCUGCCGGCACCAGCCUGGGCGCCAGCCUCCAGCUCUCGCAGCAGCUCGGUAUCCCACUUAGCGUGAUUGUCGGCAAAAAAUCCUGGCCGCACGUGGAGAUCGAGGUCCGCGGCAGGCGUUUCUCCGACACCUGGCGUGACGAGCACCGGAAGCUCCACGAGCACUACGGCUGGCGCGCCGUGCCCGCCGCCGACGGCGCGCGCGAGAAGCACUAUUGCCUGCCCGAGCACCUCGACGCCGUGAUCGCCGUCUUGCUCCGCGACCUCUGA